CUUGUGGUCAGGUUCAUCUUCAAUCCAUGGGGAGUCAACAAGUACCUGGGGUUCCUUUGCCAUCAGAUGCAGCACUUGAAGAGCCUGUCUUUGUUAAUGCAAAACAAUAUCAUGGCAUAUUAAGGCGUCGACAAUCUCGUGCCAAAGCUGAAUCUGUAAACAAACUUCUCAAGCCCAGGAAGCCAUACUUGCAUGAAUCGCGGCAUUUGCAUGCACUAAGAAGGGCUAGGGGAUGCGGGGGGCGAUUUACUUCAAAGAAAAACGAGAAACAAUCAGGAAAUGACCAUUCAGGGGAUGAUGUUGAUAAAUCACUGCCCAUUGUCAACCUCAAUUCUGAAGAUUGUGAAAUUGCCUCAGGUCGCGCAUCUUGAUUCUUUCUACACCCGGGGUUUUUUUUUAACUUUAUCUCAGGAACCAUACCAUACUUACCACCAACUUUGCCUCCCACACCCCAUUUAAUUUGGUGUCAUGUGUGUGUGAACAAAAAAUUGGAUUAGGUGCUAAUUUGGGGUUAGGGUUGGGGUGCAGAUAGCUUUUUAUCAUGUCUCAGUGUGUAAAAAUCAGAAAUAGGCUUUUUUAGGACAGUGGAAGAAGAUGUGGGUAGUGUGACUGUGAUUUGCAGUGGAAGAUAGAAUGAAGAUAUAGAUGCAGAACAUGAACUUCUUAAAGUUUGUAAUGGUCAUUGAUCCUACACAGAUGUGAUGGUGUAAAUUAGUUAGACCGGGUUAUUCCUUAUCGAGUUUGGGACAGCGAGCUAAGUAUUAAACUAAUACUCCAUAC